AUGAUCAAUUAUCGUAAUGUAUCCGAUUCGGUUGCACCACCUGGUCUUGUUGCAAAUGCUGUCUUGAUGCCAUUAUCUGAUCGUUUUGAAGAUCCAAAAUCUCUAUCAAGUAUUGCUAAAACUAUUCGUCAUUCAAUCAAGCAAUCACGUAAUGUCGAAUUUAUUGAACGUUGGGUUGCCACUGCUAAUAAAGUGAUAAGAACAAUAGUGCAUGAGAAUCGAUUUCCUAAAAUGUCAACUUUUAAUGAUCGGAUUAUCGUUAAUUCUAAUUGGCGCUAUGAUUGGGCGAGUCUUGUUGAUUUUGGUCAUUCGAACAAAUGUCGAUUUUAUACAAUAUGGACUCGUGCAUUAUAUCUUCGUAUAUUUCGUCUUAAUCCAGUAUAUGAUGGCACUCAAUGGAUGGAAAGAGAUCAAAAUGGAGCUGAAGUAGCCUUUCGUAUUGAACAAGACAAGAAGGAAAAAUUUAUCAAGGCAUGGCAGGAAGAUAUUGCCGAGAAUUUUAUUAAUGUAAAGAUAUAA